ACCUGACUGCUGCUGUAGAACAUUCAGUAUUCCACUGGAAGGCGUAUAUGAAACGUAACAAUAGUAGUAAUUUUCUGAAGUAUAUCAUAAAAUGAAAUUUAACAUCGAUGUCAGCUCAUCAUAUAACAGUAUUCAUCCGACUUAUUUGUACACAGAACGUUUUAACAAUAACGUUGAAACCUAUCAUGAAGGUACCAAGUGGUCUGGUGUCUUUCUGGCUUUUUUAUCUGGAACGUUUUUUACGAUCAGCUCAGCUCUUGUGAAAGCUAUCAAAAGCGUAGAUCCGAUGAUUUUACUAUCCAUCAGAGCAAUAUUGCAAAUCGCAACAAUGGUCAUCGUUGCUUGUUAUAACUCAAAAAAUUUGCUCGGGCCCAAAGGCCAGAGGAUUCUUGUUCAGUUUCAGGGUUUGAUUGGCGGCCUCACAUUAUCCCUGCUUUAUUAUAGUUUCCGGAAACUCCCAUUGGGUGAUGCGACCACUAUAAUAUUCAGCUCCCCUGUGAUCGUUAUCGCAUUGUCAUUCAUAUUUCUAAAAGAACCUUGUGGACUAUUGCGAAUCGUUGUCAUUGGUGCCUUAUUACUGGGCGUCACUUUGGUUGCAAAGCCACCAUUCAUAUUUCAGAUGCAUCGAUCUGUGCCUUAUGAUUUUAUGGGGUAUGUUUACGCAAUCCUGGCAACUCUAUUUACUGCUAUGAAUAUAGUAGUGAUGAGAAAAUGCUUAGACGUGCAUUACUCUGUGAUAGUCUUUGUUCUAUCAGUAUGGACUUUAUUAACAGCAGUAUUCUUCUUUUAUGUGGCGUCUGAGAAUCAUAAGUUGAAAUAUGAUUUACCGCAUGACUGGUGGGAAUGGGGACAAAUUACUGCAGUAGCAUUAUCAGGGUUAUCCGGUCAAGUUUUAGUGGCAAAGGCAUUAAAGAUCGAAGGAGCAGGAAAGGUCUCGGUGACAAGAUCGUUAGACAUAAUUCUGGCCUACAUUGUCCAGGUAUACUUUUUUGGUGAAAUCCCAACUUCAACCAGCAUUAUCGGAGCAUUAUUAGUCCUUGUCUCCGUGAUUUGUAUGGGUUUUGAAAAAGAAAUAUAUGGGAUAUGUGAUAUAAUUCCAUAAAACAACAAUUUUCAUACUCGAUUUAAGUCAUAUUGUACAAGACUCUCCAAUAAAUAUUAUGAAAACGA